CAAGCCCUAACACCCCCGCCCGAACCAGGGGACUGAGCUUCCCAAAAAUCCCCAAAUCAAAAUUUUCCUCAACGAAGAAGCAGAAUUAUCACUCAGAACACAAAACAGCUUCUACUGUUUUUCUUUUUUCUGGCAGUCAACGGCGCGCAAUGGAUCGGCAGCCGCACGAUUACGCCUCCGCCUCCGCCAUGGCCUACGCCCAACAACAGCGCCAAGCAGCCACCAACAUCCAACAGCAACCGCCCCAGCAGCAGCAAUUCGGGUACCCGCCCCCACAAACCCAACAGUUCCACGGCCCGCCUUACGUGGGCCCACACCCCUCUCUCCAGCAACAAUUCGAGCUCCACAAGCUGAUCGACAAGGUCGCCGAGUACGCCGCCAAGGUGGGGCCGGAUUUCGAAGCGACGGUCAGGGAGAAACAGCAGGACAAUCCCGAGUACGCCUUCUUGUUCGGCGGCGAUGGCCACGGCUACUACCGCUACAAGCUCUGGAUAUCGAAGUGGGGCCCCGGCGGGGCAUUCAACCAGCCGUUCCCCCCUGCAUCCAUGCACAUGCUGCGACCUCCGCCGAACCCCAUGAUGAACGGGCCGCCGUCUGCCGGGGCGAUGAUGGGUGGGCCGCUGCCGUCUUAUUUCUACGAGCAGCAGCGGCACGGUCAGCCGUUUGGAGUUUAUGGGCGUCCAGAGUACGACCAGUCGUCGAACAAGCCCUUCAAAGGGCUUUCUGGCCCGCUUCCGCCUGAGGUUGCGAUAGAGCUGAAUAGUGUGCUGAAGUCGCUGAAUGGGACCAAAGAGUCCAUUAAAGGAGCGAAAUUUUGGUUUAUGCAGAGGUCGAUAUUUGCGCCUGCUCUGGCUGAAGCUCUUAGAGAGAGGGUGUUUGGCUUGGAUGAUUGUGAGAGGCAACUGCAUGUGAUUUACCUUGCCAAUGACAUUUUGUUUGACAGCUCGCAUCGGCGUACUGGUGAAGGCCUUGAUAAUGAAUCCCUUGCGCUUAAACCUAUCUUAGGUUCCAUGCUUGCAAGGAUUUAUCACAACCCUCAAAUCACGGAGGACAAUCAAUUGAGGUUGCAGCAAAUUUUACAGUUAUGGGCUUCUAAUAACAUUUACGAUCAGGAUACUAUUGAUGCACUUAGGAAUGAGAUGAUGGGUGGACCCUCAAGCAAUUCUUUUACAGGGCUUCCAAAAGACUCAUCUUCUGCUUCAACAGAUUCAGCUGCAGGAUUGCCACAACAGACAACUAACCAUAACAUGCUGCAAUGGCAGCCUGAUAGGCAAAGCUCUGUUUCCAGUUCACACGACCAAGAUCAUCUUGAUAAACAUGCAGGUCCUGGCCAAGCCAUGCCGCUGUCCGUGCCAUCCCAGCAAUUUCUUCCAAAUUCAAUCCCUCCUGCUGCUUUUCAAGGGUCAAUGCCCAUACCAUCUUCUGUUCAACCAGUAAUAAACCAACAACCUGCACCACACAUACUGCCAGGUCAACCUGCUAAUAGUGGUGAGAAGUUACCACCAUAUCCUCUGUUUCCACCUGGUCUUAUUCCUGAAAUGGUCAGAAAGAUGCAGAUUGGAAGUGGUGUGCCGUAUUCUCCAAUGAGUCCUUUGGACAUUCCAACUGUUAUACCUCCAUCCAAUGUACCUCAAUCAGAAAUUCUUGAGAGAGUGUCAAAAUUCUUCAAAGAGAUUGGUGAAGUUAAUCCUUCUGAAGGGCCCCUUCAUAAUGCCGAUGGUAGGGACGAGGAUGAGUAUGAAAGAGAGCCUUCGGUGCGCAAGGGUGGAGCUUGCAUCCCUCCACCUCCAAACCUGCAGAUAGACCCGGAGACAGGAACUUAUGCGGAUGGCAGUGUAGAUCGAAAGAGUGGCUGGGGGAGGUUGGGACUUGGGGCCACAGCUGAUCCAAAUGAGGCAAGCCAGUACGAUGAUGUUUAUUCUUCUUACAGGAAACAAAGGAGCACCAACUACCACUCAUCCAUGAGUGCAAGAGCUGCAACAAGGUGAAAUACCAGUCCUGAUGGGAGUUGGAAAUGGAGGAUACCAGAUCAGCUUCUUCCUUUUCAUUUUUGGGUUUUUUCUUUUCCUUUCUUCCUGAUAAUCUAUUCUAACAGGCAGCCUGAAUUUCUAGGAGUGUCGUACUUGGUGGGUGGAGUAUCUUGUACUAGUCAAAAUUUUGAUUCUCUGAUUGUUAAUGCAUGUAAGAAAUAGCACUUGUAAUCAUUUUAUUUUUACCUGACUAAAACAGAUCAUCUUUAAUUCAUGCGAAGUUUCCUU